CCCGUUACUGCGCAAGUGCGCAAGCCGCGUCAAAGCCGUCGACCGAGGGGCGCCGCGGGGUCCGCCGGCUCCCCGGCAGCCCCCGCGCGCGGUGCAGGCUGGGGGAACAUGGCCGCUUCCGGUCUCCCUCCCGGGCCGGCGCGGGCCUGACCGCGGUCCUUCCCCGACGCACUCCACCCUCCGCUCCUUCUGCCCCGUAGCCGAGAAGGUCGCUGCAGCUUUUUCCUCCCGCUAUCCCCGCCGAGCCAUGGAGAAAAGCUCGAGCUGCGAGAGUCUUGGCUCCCAGCCGGUGGUAGCACGGCCGCCCAGCGUGGAUUCCCUGUCCAGUGCUUCCACUUCUCAUUCAGAGAAUUCAGUGCAUACAAAAUCAGCUUCUGUUGUAUCAUCGGAUUCCAUUUCAACUUCUGCAGAGAACUUUUCUCCUGAUUUGAGGGUCCUGAGGGAGUCUAACAAAUUAGCAGAAAUGGAAGAACCACCCUUGCUUCCAGGAGAAAAUAUUAAAGACAUGGCCAAAGAUGUAACUUAUAUAUGUCCGUUCACUGGUGCUGUACGAGGAACUCUGACUGUUACGAAUUAUAGGUUAUAUUUCAAAAGCAUGGAACGGGAUCCCCCAUUUGUUUUAGAUGCUUCUCUUGGUGUUAUAAGCAGAGUAGAAAAAAUUGGUGGUGCUUCUAGUCGAGGUGAAAAUUCUUAUGGACUAGAAACUGUGUGCAAGGAUAUUCGGAAUUUACGGUUUGCUCAUAAACCUGAGGGGCGAACAAGAAGAUCAAUAUUUGAGAAUCUAAUGAAAUAUGCAUUUCCUGUCUCUAAUAACCUGCCUCUUUUUGCUUUUGAGUACAAAGAAGUAUUCCCUGAAAAUGGAUGGAAGCUAUAUGACUCUCUUUUAGAGUAUAGAAGGCAGGGAAUUCCGAAUGAAAGCUGGAGAAUAACAAAGGUAAAUGAGCGAUAUGAGCUUUGUGAUACAUAUCCUGCCCUCUUGGUUGUGCCGGCAAAUAUUCCUGAUGAAGAAUUAAAGAGAGUAGCAUCCUUCAGAUCAAGGGGCCGUAUCCCAGUUUUAUCAUGGAUUCAUCCUGAAAGUCAAGCCACAAUCACUAGGUGUAGCCAGCCCAUGGUAGGAGUGAGUGGGAAGCGAAGCAAGGAAGAUGAAAAAUACCUUCAAGCCAUUAUGGACUCCAAUGCCCAAUCUCAUAAAAUCUUUAUAUUUGACGCCCGGCCAAGUGUUAAUGCUGUUGCCAAUAAGGCGAAAGGUGGAGGUUAUGAAAGUGAAGAUGCCUAUCAAAAUGCAGAACUAGUUUUUCUAGAUAUCCAUAAUAUUCAUGUUAUGAGAGAAUCAUUACGAAAACUUAAGGAGAUUGUGUACCCCAACAUUGAGGAGACCCACUGGUUGUCUAACUUGGAAUCUACUCACUGGCUAGAACAUAUUAAGCUUAUUCUUGCAGGGGCUCUUAGGAUCGCUGACAAAGUAGAGUCGGGCAAGACGUCUGUGGUGGUACACUGCAGCGACGGCUGGGACCGCACGGCUCAGCUGACUGCUCUGGCCAUGCUCAUGUUGGAUGGAUACUACCGAACCAUCCGAGGAUUCGAAGUCCUCGUGGAGAAAGAAUGGCUCAGCUUUGGACAUCGAUUUCAGCUCAGACUUGGCCAUGGAGAUAAGAACCAUGCAGAUGCGGACAGAUCGCCUGUUUUUCUUCAGUUUAUUGACUGUGUCUGGCAAAUGACGAGACAGUUUCCCACAGCAUUUGAAUUCAAUGAGUAUUUUCUCGUUACCAUUUUGGACCACCUGUAUAGCUGUUUAUUUGGAACAUUCCUCUGCAACAGUGAACAGCAGAGAGGAAAAGAGAAUCUUCCCAAAAGGACUGUGUCACUGUGGUCUUACAUAAAUAGCCAGCUGGAGGACUUCACUAAUCCUCUGUAUGGGAGCUAUUCCAAUCACGUCCUUUAUCCAGUAGCCAGCAUGCGCCACCUAGAGCUCUGGGUGGGAUAUUACGUGAGGUGGAAUCCACGGAUGAAGCCACAGGAGCCUAUUCACAGCAGAUAUAAAGAACUUCUUGCUAAACGAGCAGAGCUUCAGAAGAAAGUAGAGGAACUACAGAGAGAGAUUUCCAACCGCUCCACCUCAUCCUCAGAGCGAGCCAGCUCUCCCGCACAGUGUGUGCCCCCUGUACAAACUGUUGUGUGAGGGGACACUAGGUGGGGCCAUCAGUCAUUGCCUUGAAAUCCGCAUUACAAUGGCAGCUUUAUGAGUAGAAAGUCUUCUGAAUAUCGAACCCAUCUGUGAGAGAAAUCCAGUCACUUUAUUUAUUUUCAGUCUCUCUAGGAUGAGUUUAGAACUGUAGCAGUGCAGGUGGCUUAAGUGAAAUAACCCCACAUGUAAUUACAUGAUUAUGACACUAAUCUUAUAAGUCACACAGAGAAUAUUGUAAUGCAUCAGUCUUGGAUCCACAGUGGGAACAAGUUUCUGAUUUUGAAAGGAAAAUGCUGUCUCAGACAUUUUAGUGUUUGGUGAAAUCAAAACACAAACCACUUCAGAAGCACACUUCUUGAUGGAAGAGCACUCAUUGCACGGUGGGAAGAGCAUCCGUCUUCAAACCACACUGAUACUGAAAUUCUGUGGCGUUGCACACAUUAGGCCUCGGUGUCAGGAUCAAAAUCGCUUAUGUUCCUUUCUUCAUCAUGGUGUUUUCUUUUUAAUAGUGAUUUACUUUGAUCACCAUUCAAAACCCACACUCUUCAUAGAUAAUAGGGCAAAGUCUUGAGAAUAUAAUGGUGUAGUAGUAGUUGGAAAUUAAUUGCCGUCAUUAUUUACGUACUUAAGAUAUAUUCGAUAGCUGUUCCAAAAUGAUGCCUUGGGAGGAGGAUGGAGGAGAAAGUGGUAGCCGUCCAGGAUUUCAAAGAAUUCCAUAUCCUCAGAUUAGUUUCCAUUUGCACAAUUACUAGAAAUGUCAUGAAACAUAAUUUAAAAACUCAUUACCUACCCUACUUUACAUUUUUGUGUGUUUGAAUCCAGAGAAGUUAAUUGGUGAAUUUUGAGACAGUAUUUAAAAGUUUAGUGGGAUUGAAUUUUUUGCUGAAGUCCUUAUAAAAUAGCAUAUGGUGAGAAGUACUGUGCUCAAAUUUCACAUAAAAUAUUUUACUACUAUUUCCUUUGCAAAUUCUGUAAUUCUGCUGAAUGAUUAAGUCUACCAAAGAACUUACUGCAUGUAGAAAUGUAUUAAAGUGCCAGUAAAGGAAUCCUGCUUCACUUUUUGCCUGCUACAGUAAGAGUUCAGCGCUGGUAUAAACACUUGACUCCCUGACGUCUGUUUUACUCUGUUUAAGAGCCAUAUGUUAUGUACUGUAACACAAAGGAGCUUCUUGUCCCCUGGGUCUUUAAUUAAAAGAAAACUUCAGCUGACUUUUAAA